CCCCGCGCAUUCGAUCAGAUCUCUUUUUCGCCAACGCCGAAGUUGAGCUGCGUUGCCGCAGCAGCCCAGAUUGUCUGUUUCCGGUCUUCUGGUAGAAGCCAUGGCUCCCAAGUCAGUGAAAGCUUCCAAGAGCAAGGAGCUGGUGAGGGGCAUCAACCGCAGCGGCAGGUCCAAGACCUACCACAAGCGCGGCUUGUGGGCUAUCAAGGCCAAGAAUGGUGGGAAGUUCCCUACGCACGAGAAGGCUGCGGUAGCCGCGGCUCCCGCUGUCCGUGCGCCGAAGUUCUACCCCGCUGAUGAUGUUUCCAAGCCCCUGCACAAGAACAAGGUCAUCAACGCUCCCAAGCUGAGGUCAAGCAUCACUCCAGGGACAGUUUUGAUCUUGUUGGCUGGAAACUUCAAGGGAAAGCGUGUUGUGUUCUUGAAGCAGUUGGAAUCUGGACUGCUGUUGGUUACCGGACCAUUCAAGGUGAAUGGAGUUCCAUUGAGGAGGGUGAACCAGGCGUACGUGAUUGCGACGUCCACUAAGGUGGACAUCUCAUCCGUGGACGUUGCAAAGUACUCCGACGCGUACUUCAAGAGGGAAGUCGCGAAGAAGAAGAAGGGAGAGGCAGAGUUUUUCGAAGCAGAGAAGGACAAGGAGGAGAAGAGUUUGCCAGAGGAGAAGAAGGAGGACCAGAAGGCAAUCGACGCGAAGCUGAUCCCUCUGAUCGAGGCAGUACCGGAGCUGAAGAGUUACUUGGGUGCGAGGUUUAGUUUGAAGUCAGGCGUGAAGCCACACGAGCUUGUGUUUUAAAAGAAGCAGGGAAUGCGAUAUGAGUAAAGUGGUGGAGAUUUGAUGUCUGGAAAUGUCGGGGAGUGGUGUUGUGGUGAAAGAGACAUGGAAAUGUGAACGAUUGGGGUUUGAUUUUGAGGUUAGGGCGGCACUGGAGAGUUCUGUGACAUUGUGAAUGGGCAUGUUUGCGCCAGUGCGUCAUAUCACUUGUUUUGGGAUUGGCCUUGAUUUAUAAUGGUCGUUCCAUGUCUACAGCAUGGUUUGGUGACCUGGUCAGGGUCGUUCGCUUA